UGUCAACAGAAGUCAAAAAAAAGUCAUUACCAUGGAAUCUAUCUCAUGGCUGUUUUGUGUAUGCACAUCGACAACGCGUAGCCAUGUUUUUAAAGAAAAAGAACGAAGCCCAAAUCAAGCUUCUACUGUAUGGCCGAAGAACCAACAACGGCGGAGACACAAAGAAGAAGCAAAUACAAUAAAUACCAAAGGGGGCUUGAAAAAGCAAAUACAAGGCUGUGUAACCCUGUCUGCUGCCUGGCGGGUUGGUUAUCAUCGUGCAUGGCCUGUCAUGGGCUAUGGAAGAUACAUGCGGAGUGACACAAAACUAUGGAUGGAUACCAUACCAUACCUGAUUGAUCGAUGCUUGAUUGUGUCGUAAAUCCGGCAUGGAUGGAUGAGGUAUCGCAGACGACGAAACAUCCAAGCUGUGAGGACGGGAGGCGGAGAUGAUUACAGUAGUUAAGCAAAGUGGAGGAGAUGUUGAUCGUCCAAGUGCGCUGCUGCGCGUAUGCAUGAUUGUGUUGCUAGGAGGGGGAAAAGCGGGUGGCGUGGAAGGAGGAUAAACAGAGCGAGGGGGAAAGGCUUGAGAUAAGAAUAAAACUAACUAAGUUACCCGUGCUUGAAUAAAUAAAUGGGCAAAGCGCUGGAUGUUUUUAAUUAAACCUUGCUCAACGACCCGAAUUUUUGUUUCAAGGAAGUCAAUCCUUUUUUUGGGGGGUUUCUUGUUUCAGGGUUGGAAAAGGUAGUUAGUAUUCGGGCGGGGCUUUUUGAAACAACCGUUGCUUGCAACAUUAUUUUUUAUUAUUAUUAUUUAUUACAUUGGCUGAAUGUCGUUGAAUUUAUCAAACAACAUUUUGGGUUGUUGAGAUAUCUUUCAAGAAAAGAAGCUGCAGGCCCGGCUUGCAAUGCAUAUCACAAGAGUCUUCUACAAUGAAAAGAUAAUUGUAUUUACUUGAGGAAUAGGUUCCAAACCUAACACUCCAACAUGUAUAUAUAUAUAUAUAUAUAUAUAUAUUUAUUUCCCUUGCUGACUAGAGAUACAGGUGAAAAAUAUUUUAACAACAAAAACCAGCUUGGAUACAUAGUUAAAAAGAGCUGUGGCAAAGGCAUUCAGCUUGCUCAGCAUUCAUUCUUCUUCCUUUUCUUCCACCUCACAAAACCCAGCCACAUCAAGCAGGUCAGAGUGAAGAAUUGUCACCGCCGCUCCCUGCACAAGAUUCACAGAUCUGAAGAUCUUUUGAUGAGUUGGCUUUCUCUUGUCAUUAUUCUUAACGUGGUACUGGCGAUCUAAUGUCCUUGAGUUUGCGGUGAGUGGAAGCAGAAGAAGACAGAUGUGGGGGGGGGGGGGGGGUUGCUAUAGUCAUUUCUCAUAUGGAUGAGAGCUGAGAUAGUUGUCUGGCAUUCUUGCCCCUUUUUUAAACGUGGAAUAGGAAGAUACUGUAUGUCAUUAUUAUUUUUUGUUUCAUUGUAGCCAGUCGGACAUGUCAACAGUUGGUGGUGGUGGCGGUGGUAUGUACUGUAUAUAGGUAGAAGCUAUGUAUUAAUAUCAAGGAACAGAUGAGCUUUUCUUAAUAAUCCUGG